UGGCCGGGGUCCCGGGCCCCGCGGCGGCGGCGGCGGCGGCGGCGGCGGCGGCAGGAUGAUCAAGCUGUUCUCGCUGAAGCAGCAGAAGAAGGAGGAGGAGUCGGCCGGCGGCACCAAGGGCAGCAGCAAGAAGGCGUCGGCGGCGCAGCUCCGGAUCCAGAAGGACAUUAACGAGCUGAACCUGCCCAAGACGUGUGACAUCAGCUUCUCAGACCCAGACGACCUCCUCAACUUCAAGCUGGUUAUCUGUCCUGAUGAGGGCUUCUAUAAGAGUGGCAAAUUUGUAUUCAGUUUUAAGGUGGGACAGGGUUACCCACAUGACCCUCCCAAGGUGAAGUGCGAGACAAUGGUUUAUCAUCCCAACAUUGACCUCGAGGGCAACGUCUGCCUCAACAUCCUCAGAGAGGACUGGAAGCCAGUCCUUACGAUAAACUCCAUAAUUUAUGGCCUGCAGUAUCUCUUCUUGGAGCCCAACCCCGAGGACCCUCUGAACAAGGAGGCUGCGGAGGUCCUGCAGAACAACCGGCGGCUGUUUGAACAAAACGUGCAGCGCUCCAUGAGAGGUGGUUACAUCGGGUCCACCUACUUCGAGCGCUGCCUGAAAUAGGGUUAGCAAUUAUCCAUCCCUGCCAGGGUUACCAGCCCAGGCAUCCCCUGAAAAUAUUUAUUGGGGGCCCAGGUAGGGUGUGGGGGGUAGCCUUGGCCCCCUUGCCUUGGCCUUGCCUCUCCUCCCUGUCACCUGCCCCUAGUUGUUAUUUUUUUUUUUUUUUUUGGACCACCACGUGAUUAUGGUCGGUGCUGCCUCCCCCGACCUGCUCAGCGAUGGGAAAUGAAUUGGCUUGUUUAGCGCCCCCCCUCCCGCUGGGUGCUGUCCAAUCCCCCACUCUUGACUGUGGGGUAAGUGGGCAAUGGGCCUGGGUCGCUGGGCCCAAGCAACCCACCCCAACACCACUGGAGGUCCCACCAGGCUAUUAAAGGGGAAUGUUACUGCA